AUGUCACGCUGGUAAACAACAUGGAGUUAAAAGUUCGUGUUUGCAAUCCGUCGGUCUUGUUGUCACAAGUUCAGAAAGGCAAUCUCUCGAGGAUUCUGCCUUCCAGUUACAACUACUGUAUUUGUGAAUACAGAGACACAGAUACAAGCAGAGAUGCUUUCCUUGCAACAUUGGGAGUAAAUAUCAAAACAAAACCUGAUGCAAGCAAAUGGUUGCAGCAGUUUCAAAAGAAGUCUAUGACGACGAUGCGAGUGAGCAGAACUUGGCCACAGUCGGGCCCUGUAAAUAUCUUUAAGAAGCGAUUCAGAUGUCACCACAACACAAGGGCAGCUAUAACAACAAAUCAAAAGCUCUCCAGCAAGAACACAAGAUGUCAAGCUUUCAUCAAUAUUACUGUGCAGAAAAUUGGGGUAAGAACCCGAAGGAAGAAUGCCUCACAUUGUCUGGAAUUUCCAACAAGGUUAAGGAUGGGAUUUGACCACAAUCAUGCCUUAGAAAGUGCAGAUGUCCUACGUCAUCGUGAUGUAUGUAAAGCUACAAAGCAUAAAUUCAACAAGUUGUUCAAAGCUGGGCAUAGUCCAUCAUCUGCUCUAGAAAUUCAUAAAUAUGACAUGCAGUGUCUGUAUAGAGAUAACUACCUGCAAAUGGCCUUAGCUGACCGUGCUGUUAUCCCAGAUGUCCAAUGGUGUUACAGGUUAUACUACAAGACUGUGAGUACUGUACAGAGACGUAAAGGAGCUGAGGAAUUGAUAUCCGACUUGCAGGCUUCUGUCAACAAGUAUAAUGCCAAGGUUCAACAACCAAUCAUCACUAUCAAGGUCACUGCUGAUAACAACACUGCCGUAGCCAUGUCAUCUCUAUUGAUGCAAAGGGUUUCUGCUGAGUUUAAACAAAGUGGGGAAAUGGUGUUUGUCAAUUCAAUGCCAGUGGAUCGAAAAAACGUUCACGUGUUUAAUUUUAUGACUCCAACCAAUAUAGGAGGUCUUCCUGUUGGUUGCCUGAUCACCACAAACAAAUCACCAGACACAAUGUCACAGGCAUUAUCUUUGUAUAAGUCGUUGUUAACAAAGGAAGCAUUUAACGGGCAAGGUAAUAAAGGGCCACGUAUCUUCAUUAUUGAUGACAGUGAGUCUCAGAAGAGUGCUGUUCAAAAGGUCUUUCCUGAUUCCCAAGUUAUUCUAUGUGCAUUCAGUAUGCUGAAAACAAUGUGGGGAUGGUUAUGGGGUACCAAGACAAAGCAUGGAAUACCAGCUGCUGAUAGGCCACAUCUCUUUGCGCUGGUUAAAGCUAUGCUUUGUGCAGAAUCACCAGGGAUGUUGGAAAUGUUUUAUCAGCGAGCACAUGAAGACAACAUUGCAAGAAAAUUCCCAAAGUUCACAGAAUACUUGGCAAGAGUUUUUGAGAAGCGCAACACUUGGGCACUUUGCCUCAUGUUUUCCAUGCCUUUUGACCAAAGCAACACACAUCAAGUUUUUAAGGCAGCGAUGCAAGUAACCAAGGAUAAGCUUGUCAUGCCUUUAAAGGCAUUCAAUGUGGUGCAGUUAGUUGACUUCCUUGUCACUAGAACAGAUCCAUUCUAUCGGAUGAAGCUCACUGAUGCUGUUAACAAUAAAGCAGACUGUCUUCCAGGUUUGCAAGGGGAGCAGAAUGUUAGCUCAGAUGGUAUUGUCCAGUUAACAGCUACAGAAUAUGAGGUACCAGGUGAGAAACAGGAUGAUACGUACACUGUUAAUAUGGAAUUGCUCAUGUGUACAUGUUCCAUUGGACACAGUGGUUACCCCUGUAUACAUCAGGGUGCUGUUGUUAAGAUGCUUAAUCUACCCACUGUGAACUUUAUUUCACUCGACAACCAAGUACAAGAAAAGCUUCAUUACAUUGCUACUGGUCAAAAGAGACAGUUGUCAUUAGUUGAGCCAAGUAAGCCAAGAAAGGAGCCUCCUUCUGAACUAUUAACAUCUAUUGCACCACAGGGUACCAGACGAGAUACACACAUUGCUACUGGUCAUAAGAGACAGUUGUCAUUAGUUGAGCCAAGUAAGCCAAGAAAGGAGCCUCCUUCUGAACUAUUAACAUCUAUUGCACCACAGGGUACCAGACGAGAUACACACAUUGCUACUGGUCAUAAGAGACAGUUGUCAUUAGUUGAGCCAAGUCAGCCAAGAAAGAAGCCUCCUUCUGAACCAGUAACAUCUAUUGCACCUCAGGGUACCAGACGAGAUACACACAUUGCUACUGGUCAUAAGAGACAGUUGUCAUUAGUUGAGCCAAGUCAGCCAAGAAAGGAGCGUCCAUCUGAUCCAGUAACAUCUAUUGCACCACAGGGUACCAGACAAGAUCAAGAAACUGCUGUAGAUGCUACUUCUAUUGUUAAUGUGAGAAAUAAAACAGAGACAUUGGCUGAUAAUACAGCUGACAUAGAACUUGAGAAAUUUUCAAAUAUGUUGGAUAAUUUGAAAGAAGUUAUCUCACAUAAGGUGCAAACAGGUGAUGCAGCAAUGUAUCGACAGGCAGUGAGAGCUUUUACACAAAACUAUGAAUCCUUGACAACAGACUCACUGUUAAUAUCAGCCAUGUUCAAUUUUGGCAAAGUUUGACAAUAUAAGGCAUUUCAUAAAUUUGUUAAAUAGGAUUCACUUUUAAGAUCUUACAGAAUAAAUUAUUGUUGAGAAUGUCACAAUGAAACCAUAGAAUCGUCAUCAUCAUGGCCUAUCCAGUCAUAAAGGACGAUGAGCUUGUCGUCUGUCACAGUCAUCAAUGUAGCCGAGAGAGCAGAUUGCGUACCCAGAGGGAAUUGCAGAAUGACUGGAGGAGCAAUUCUAAGCAACAAUCUCCAAGGUGGCAACCAUGUGGCAACUGGGACGUUGAAAGCAGGACAUCUUUGAAGUGCAGCCUGGGUCGUUUAUGUAGACGUCGGGCAUCAGCCAGUUCAAUUAAGAAGAUGUCCUUCCGGGAGGCAGCCGGUUUCAGUCUGCAGACAUGAAAAGUCCAGCGAAGGCAGCGCACUCUCAGCAUGGUGAACAUAUCAGUUAUACUAUAGUGAGUUUAAGGAUGGAGGUGUUCGGGAACCAAUCAAACCAGGAGAUGCCAAGUAUGGAGCGAAGGCAACAAAAGUAGGGUGGGUUCAGGCGACUUUCCUUGCGACUGUAUGUGGGCCAAGACACACUGCAAUAAAGUUAAUCUCAAAUAUCAUAGAUUCCCUUGAAUUAAUUGAUCUUUGCAGAGUUGAUUAUUUUAAGUGUCUAUUAUCAUCUUUGGGGUAAUACUGACUCGUCAGAUAUUGUUCCUGGUUAUAAAACAGAUCACUCUAUGGUCACUUUGACUCUUUCCAACGAUAACAAAAGGGGCAGAGGUUUUUGGAAAUUCAAUUCUUUAUUUUUGUUUGUAAAAACAAAAACGCCGUCAAGUACAUUACAAAAGUCAACACCUCAGAUAACCCUAGUAUUCUCUGGGAAAUUAAUAAAAGCGAGAUUAGGGGUGAUACAGUCGAGUAUGCGAGGUGUUGAAUUCCCCGAGAUGUAAGCAGAGGCAGCUAGAGAAGAUUUUUGAAAGCAGGGCUAGGAGGGCUAUUGAGGUACAGGGCAUGUUGGAUUGAGGUUGGUGAAAAGAAAAGCGUUUUCCUAGUUUAGAAAAACAGAAUUUUAAGAUUAAAUCCUUUUCCAAACUUGGGUGUGAGAACAAGGAUGUCAUCACAGAUCAGGCUGAAAUUUUGAAGCAGGGGCUCAAUUUUUAUUCAAAAUUAUAUCAUUCUAAUUCUACAGAGCAGGAUCAAUUCGACGUGUUUCGUCCCAACAGUGUUGACAACAAAUUAUCCGAAGAUGACAAUUUGUUUUGCUUUUUCUGUGAUUUGUUGUCUUUGUAUGCAUAUGGGAUAAAAUAUAAAUAGAAAAAUACAUCUAAAAGUAUAAACAAAAUAUGUUGAGACCUGAACUUUUGUGUACUUUCAGUGGGGAAAUGCUUGUGAUUAAUAUAAGCCCAUUUUUAAAGGCCUAGUAUUCACCAACAGAGUAAGGGUUUGGGAGUCGUGACACUUGUGUCCCUGAGCAAGUCACUUAUAUGUAACUAUAAUUGAUCUCGCCACCCAGAGGAAAACGGGUACCAGUUAGGGCAGAGAUGGUUCUUGUGGUUGACUUAGCCGAGUAGCGCAUUGUUGCACAGGGCUCCCUUGGGAGCUGAGACGGUUUAAGGAAUGAUUUAAGGCCCAGUGACCAGGGGUAAUAAUGUGUUGCGCUAGGGAACGCCCUUCGGGUGUGAAAAGUGCUUUAUAAAACUACCUAAUAUGAUAAGUAUAAUCUGUUGAUUAUUGGAUGGGUAUGAAAGGAAUGGAUGAAUGAAUGCACCUGCAUUUAAUUGUUCUUUACAGAAAGAACAGAAGAAACCCUUACAGCAUUGUACAGCCUUAGCCGAGCCAAAACAUGGCUUCUAGCAUUUUAUAAAGGCAUUGUAUUUUUUCAUGAAUUUCCUUACUAUUUUUCUCACUAGCCAAUAAGACCUUCAAGCUUGUCACAUCAAUCGCACACUAGAAUUUUCACUCGUCCAUUUCCAGCAUGACUUAAAAUUCCCCUUUUUGGCGAGCUGUGAAGCAAGUGCAGGGCUAUGCAAUACCAAUUUCCGUACGGCGUUAGAGUUAAUUAUUUUAUGUACAAGCCCAAAUGAGAUUGUUAUGUAUAAUUGCCAGUCAUUUUCUGUAAUCUUUAGCUAUGUUAUGUUCUCCAGUAAUGUUGAAGAUUUUGGAAUAGAAGAAAUGUUAAGUUUUUUGAAUAAAAAAUGUUAACUUU